AUGAGUGCUGCAGGAAAUGCCGCUGCACCAGUUACGCUGUUCCCGUCUGCUGCAUCUGCGCCAGUCGCAGCUAAUCAUGCAGCUAAUCUUGCACCGGUAUUUGCACCUUCCCCCCGAGGAAGGAUGUAUUCUCUGGCUCACGCGCACGACCUUGGAAUGACAUCCACGGAGUCGCUCUUUGUUUCACGUACAAAGCGACGCAACCAGGUAACGAAGUGCAUGCGAGCUUCGGACGGCAAACGAGUUAAACUUCUUGUGAAGAAGAAGAAGCAGCAGUCGGGCUCUGGUGGACGCUCUAGUAGCACCUCUAUUAAAGAUACUUGGACGAGUCGUCGGACUGGGAAGAACGUGCCUGUGACGAGGGUGUUCGAUUCGGACCUAGAAGCUGAGCAAUGUUUUCCUGAGCAACCUUCUGCGGGGCGUGCGAAAAAGACGAAAAAAGAACGGCUCGAUUGGGUGAAGAAGCUCCCCUUGAGUGAGUUCCUACUCUACAUCACCUUCUUAAGGCUAGUACGUACCUACUAAGUAACAUACAAACAUACAAUUACAACUGAUGGUGAUACAAUGAAGGAGAUCAUACUUCUGUUAAUAUAGAUACAAACAUACAACUGAUACAGUGAUACAAUGAAGGAGAUCAUACUGCACAUGCAAUGUUUCCAGAGCAGAAGGGAGCAAGAGAAGGCCAAGAGGAAGCUCCAACAAUUGAGAGGUCAAGGGUUGGUCUCGUUCCUGUGCCAGUACUUCUUGUUCUAGAAGUGCGAUGAAUAUAGAAAUGCACGCCCGCGUAGCCCUAAGCCCUCUUCUAACAAUUGCUUGGGACCCGAGCUGGCCAAAGCGGAAUGCUUUCCAGAGAAGGCAGCAAGAGAAGGCGAUCCGACGUCGCAGAAUCCGGCAAAUGGAGGUCCACAAACGGAACAUGA